GGGCUCUGACAAUAGGGCGGUGUUAAGGUCAUGUGAUCGCUCAGCUGGCAGAUGUAAAAAGUGUGUUCAGUGUUAAUAAAAUUACAAUAUGUCGAACCCGCUACCAAAGAACACGUUUUGCAAAGUAUAAAGGACGAAACAGACAGCUGCAGGAGUUUGAAUGCAUACGUGGGCUCAGUUUUGAGGCAUUUCAAUAGAACAUUUUUCUUUAUCACCCAUGGAAAACUUAACUGGAAAUGCAUUUUCAAGGAGUUAUACCCAGCCGAACGUCAUUCAUCCCCGGGCAAGCUAGAAUAACUCGGAAUCACAGUGCAGGGUUGACCCACAGCCAAGGUAAUCCACAUUGCUAUCUGCAGACACAUGUCCUCCAUCCUACACUUCACCAGACCAGAAGUGGUAACGAGCCUUCUCAUCUGCACAGGCAAAUCGUAUCUCCAGCUGCUCACCAACAAGCCAGAAGUUGCUAUGACAGUCCUCAGGUGCAGACACAUAUACUUGUCCCUGCAGUCCACCAAACCAGCUGUGGUACUGGGAACCCUCCAGAGCAGAGACGAUUCUUAGCUCCUGGUGUCCAGCAAAGCCGCCAUCAGAACUCGUUUAUGCGGAUGCACACCUUAACUCCUGUGCAGACACAAGUCGUAACUCCAACUGUUCACCAAAGCAAGCCUUCUCAAUUGCAGAGACAAAUCUUAGCUCCAGCCACACACCAAGGCAGCCAAGCUUAUACUGUAGCAUCAAAUAUCCAAGGUAGAGCAAGAACCCAGCCGCCUGUCUACAUUCCAGAUCACAGAUCUUGCAACCAGACCGACAUGGCGUACAGGUCAUAUAUGCAGAAUGAUCCAGGGCAGGGCCAGUUGCCUAUGACUUGGAGCACUGGGCUCCCUGUGUCUAGCAUGCAUACACUAAUGAAUUGUGGCUGCCUACAGUGUGUUGCCUUAAGGCCUCCAGCAACUUGUAACUACGACUGCAACAACAUUGCUCUUCCCAGGCCAGUUGCAUGGAUUCCCAUUGAAGGCCCAGGGUCUUGCAGCUUCCCAUUUCCAUAUGGAGCGCAUACAGAGGCAGGCCUGUCCCGAUCUGUGCCUCUUCACUGUCCCUGGUCUUAUCCUCCACCAACGGUACCCCAGCUGAGGCCUGCUGGGGUAAGCAGAGUUGUGAGACAUGAGCCCAGGGCUCCUUCAAGACAAGCCCAGUGCUGCUUUGAAUCUGCUCGGAGGCCAGUGGUAAAAGAGGAUCCGUUGCUUGCUCCAAACCUACAAGGCUUACACGAUGCGAAACGUGCGUCUAGAGCUGGGAGAAGUGGUGACGUGACGUCUGCUAAACGAUUACCUGACACCCCGCAGGAGAAAAACAAAAGGAUUAAGAGACUCUCAACUGCUUCCUUGCUUCCUAAAACCAGCUAUUCUCCAGAGCUGUGCCACACCCAAUGUAAGGUAUGUGCUGAACCCAAACCACUGACAACCACAGGGCAGUCUUCUGAUAAUCCAGGUGAAAGCACUUUCAAGAGCUUGGAUAGUGUCAAGCGUAAGGCAGCAUCCAAAAGCAAUCAGGUUGCUGGUGGCCCUUAUCAGGUUUCACCUGACAAAAAGAUUAAGAUUAGGAGCCCCUUAGCUCAAGUGAUAGAACAUGAAACCAUUGAAGUCGAUUAUCAACAGUCACUCCACAAGACUAGUGAUGGGCCCAAAGCACUACCUACCACACCUGAACUGUCCCCCAGCUCCAUCACUGAUUCUUUAAGAGCAGGCACGCUACCCUCUUUGCAAGACUCUGGUUUAGAAGUGGAGGUGACGGACAACUCUUCGGAUGAGGAUCCGCCUGGAUUCGUGGAUAAAGUUGGCAGUGAGCUUUGCUGGCUGCUGCCCCGCUGUCCCCUCCCUCCACAGGGUCUGUCGGGCCCCUACACGUGCUCUGCCUGUCUGGCGACGUUCCGCUCUAUGGCCUCUCUGGUGUUUCACAUUCGGUACGGCAGAAUGAAGAACGGCUUCAGCUGCCUGAUGCUUAUAAGGAAGAGCCAAAGACCCAAACCAAAGCCCACCCUGAUCACAUAUUUGAGGAAGAAGAUCCGCCUUUUUAAGAGAAUGCUGAAGAACAAGCAGAAACUCAGAUGGGACAUUUGAGAACUUUUAAAAAAUAAAACAGAUAUUUAAAUACUACCCGUAAUUGAAGGUGUUUUUAGGUCAAAUAUUCCUUUUCCAAAGAGUUUAAACAAAUACCUCAGCACAUCCAUACUACAUUGAUGAAAUAGUGAAUUCCCUGGGACCUAAAAUGACAUGGUAUAGUCCUGUUUCCUAAUAAACUAUACUGCUUUUUCUCUUUUUAGAAUCAGUAGGUUGCAACUGCCACCUUACCGAGUAAUAGUAUGUUUGGAACAGAUAAUGCACAGCACUUUUUUUUUUUUUUAUAAAGAUAGUAAUAGAUUGCAUUGUUUAAAAUAUAAAUCUCUAGUAACAUUACAAAAACAGUAAGAUUCUUCUCGUGUCAUUUGAAACUGCAAAGUAAAACAAAUAAGAACAUAAGAACAUAAGAAAGUUUACAAACGAGAGGAAGCCAUUCAGCCAAACUUGCUCGUUUGGUUGUUAGUAGCUUAUUGAUCCCAGAAUCUCAUCAAGCAGCUUCUUGAAGGAUCCCAGGGUGUCAGCUUCAACAUUACUGGGGAGUUGGUUCCAAACCCGGGAUAAUUCUGGUUGCUCUUCUUUGCACUCUUUCUAGAGCAGCAAUAUCCUUUUUGUAACGAGGUGACCAGAACUGAACACAAUAUUCUAGGCAAGGUCUUACUAAUGCAUUGUAAAGUUUUAACAUUACUUCCCUUGAUUUAAAUUCAACACUUCUCACAAUAUAUCCGAGCAUCUUGCUGGCCUUUUUUAUAGCUUCCCCACAUUGUCUAGAUGAAGACAUUUCUGAGUCAACAUAAACUCCUAGGUCUUUUUCAUAGUUCCCUCCUUCAAUUUCAGUAUCUACCAUAUGAUAUUUAUAAUGCACAUUUUUAUUGCCUGCAUGCAAUACUUUACACUUUUCUCUUUUAAAUGGCAUUUGCCAUGUGUCUGCCCAGUUCUGAAUGCUGUCUAGAUCAUUUUGAAUGACCUUUGCUGCUGCAACAGUGCUUGCCACUUCUCCUAUUUUUGUGUCAUCUGCAAAUUUAACAAGUUUGCUUACUUUACCAGAAUCUAAAUCAUUAAUGUAGAUUAGGAAUAGCAGAGGACCUAAUACUGAUCCCUGUGGUACACCACUGGUUACCUCGCUCCAUUUUGAGGUUUCUCCUCUAAUCAGUACUUUCUGUUUUCUACAUGUUAACCACUCCCUAAUCCAUGUGCAUGCAUUUCCUUGAAUCCCUACUGCGUUCAGUUUGAGAAUUAAUCUUUUAUGCAGGACUUUUUCAAAAGCUUUCUGGAAACCAUGUCGUAUGCUUUGCAAUUAUCCAUUGUCAAUGUUGCAUCCUCAAAAAAGUCAUAGGUAACUCAGGACAAUGCUGCAAAGUGUGUUAACAUUACCACAUUAAAAACAUUAACAAACUAAGCUGAGGAUUGGGGUUAUCAACCCUCAGGUCACAUUAUUGCUUAAUUAAAAUGACAAAGAAAGGAAAAAAAGGCAAGACAGCAAACUUCACAUUUAGGCAUUUUUAUUUUUGCUAUGAAUCUGCACCUGAGAUUCGGGAAUCUGAUACGUUAUAUUUACAGUUUCAGUGCAAAGCCCAUCUCACGUAGCUAUUAUGUACUUGGCUUUAUUUUUUAAGCAACUGACAAUCAAAGACAUCUAGUAUGUGUUUGUCUUUGUCCUGUGUAACAGCAUCCUGUUGAGAUAAUGAACAUCAUGGGCACUAUUUUGAAGUAACUACAAAGAGAGGAAUACAAUCAUUUUGAUGGUAUAAAGCGAGUAAGAAACUAUGCAAACCAUAAUUGAACGGCUCCUUUCUGCAACUAAGUUGCUCUUUACAAGUUUCAUGAUUCUAUUUUUGUUUUAAUUCUCUUUGAAAAUGUGCCUUGUUCUUUGUACUUGCUUCAAAAAGGGCCCAAGGACAAUACAAAAACAAACACUGUGAUAUGGGUUUAUUGAGGUUUACAUGUUAAACAAUGUCCUUAAUGUAUUAAUAUUUAAGGCUAAACAGUAAAUACUUUAAAAUCUCAUUCAUUCAAAUCCAACGACAAAAUGACUGUAUGAAUCACGUUGGGUUCCAAAGCAGAUGGGAAGCUUGAUAUAAGGUAAGAAACUCCCUGAAUUCAACUGUUUAAUUUAGGUUUAAACCUACUUCCCUUUCCUGACAGUAUAUAAUAUAAACAGAAUAAUCCAUUAACGUUCAUGGAGUGCUGUUUUUUUUUUUUUUUUUUU